CAUCGAAAUUUCUCCAUGCAAAGUGCCGAUCGUUUUGCUGCAUACACGACCACGGCACGGGGCGCAACGAGCCCGACACCCCCCUUUAGCGAGCCCAUCGUCCGACCACCAGGACCCCCGCUGCCCGCACACGUGGGGCGAGCCGGGCGGGUCAACCGUCAACGUCCCCCGCCGAAAAAGGGAAGUCGCCAUCAGCGCGACCCCGACCCCGAACCCCACAACGGUCGACACGUGGCGGUCAACCGAGCCACGAUCUCGUCGAGGAGAGGGAGGGGUGAACCGACACAGCUUGUCGUCCUCUCUCUGUCUGUGUCGACACCAAGAACUCCUUCAGGGGGAGAGAGAGACAGAAGAGGAGGGGGAGGAGGACGAGGAUGGUGGCCUCAACGUCAGUCGAUCUGCAACCGUAGGGAGAGAAGCAGCGAAAAGGUUUCGCCUUCCCCCCUCCUUCCCGUCUCUGUUUCUCUCCUCCUCCUCUGCGGCCCCGUCCCCCCGGAGGAGCAAGGACCGAAACAAGGCGCGAGGCUUCUUUCGAAACGACCCCUUUGCGCCGCCGUCCGGGGGAUGAGAAUGCCGUGCUGGGACAGAUUCAAGCACCCUCUCAAGAAUGUCUGGAUCGGCCUCGCCACGCGUCUCCGGAUGCGCAAGAGCGGACUACUGAAGCUGCGACAUGAUGUGAGGAGGUGCGAGUACGAUGAUGUACAUGUGAUGUGGGAGAUGUUGGAGAGAAACGAGAAGGAGAUUGCCCAGUCGUCCAGGCGGAUGAAGAAAAGAUCGUUCUGGAGUAUCUUUGGAUGGGCUCGGUGUGCUCCAUACCUUCGCCGCAGCUUUUGAGCGAUACAACAGAAUCACUUGCUCGCAAGCUUUUUCUGAUAGCACACUGGCGAAGUAUUUCUGAACAGAUAAGCGGCCGACUAGAAAUAAGAGAGGAUCUCGCUACCAUAUACCAGAGUUUUCUUCUCACCAUCUGUAGAUAUCAACAGUGCCUCCCGGAUGGAUUUAAUCCAUUCCUUCUGUUCCCCACUCGCCACGCUUGCGCUUCUAUGAAAUAAGUUAGCACCGUAUAUACUCCCUUGCUUGUACUAAAUCGGAGAUUAUAAUCUGCUAUUUUACGUGUAUAUUACUA